AUGACUUCGGCUGAUAUAAUUCCUGUAUUUGCUUUGGUGCUGUGGCAUUUGGCAUCAGCAGGUCCUGUGCCCACGAAUGAGUGUGUGUUGUCACCUGUCAACAGCUCCCACCCUGUUCAAGCCUUGCUGGAGAGCUUUACUGUCUUAUCCGGCUGUGCAAGUCAAGGAACUGCUGGGUUACCACAGGAAGUUCAUGUUCUCAAUCUGCGAAGUCCAGAAGAAGGCAUCGGCCACCAUGAAAGAGAGGUCACCUUACAUUUGAACCCAAUUUCUUCCAUUCAUAUUCACCAAAAGCCGUUGGUGUUUCUUUUGAAUUCUCCAGUGCCUUUGGUGUGGAAGGUAAAAACCGAAAGGCUUGCCCCUAGGAUUUCAAGGUUUUUCUAUGUUUCUGCAGGUUCUAUUGUGCUUUUUGAAAAAGAAAACUUCUCUUUGUCAGCAAAGAUAGAAGAAAGGCCUCUCCCUCAAGGAAACAGGCUUCUUUUACAGUGGGCCCAAAAGGCAUAUGGGGCAGUAACGUCUUUCACUGAGCUCAAAAUAUCCAAAAAUGUUUACAUCAAAGUGGGUGAAGAUCAGUUUUUCCCUGCAGCAUGCAAUAUAGAAAAGAAUUUUAUUUCCCUGAACUAUCUUGCGGGAUACGUGCAACCAAAGCCAGCAGAAGGGUGCAUCAUCUCCAACAGUGACCAAGGAAAAGAAGUUCAUAUAAUUGAGCUAAUUACCCCAGACUCCAAUCCAUACAGUGCUUUCCAGGUGGAUAUCAUCAUUGACAUUAGACCAUCUAGGCCAGACAUCACACUUGUCAGAGACCUUGUGCUUAUCCUCAAGUGUAGAAAAUUUGUCAAUUGGGUCAUGAAGUCACAUGACGUUAAGGGGCAACUGGAAGUGAUUGCAGCGAAUAGUGUUGGCUUUGGAAAAGAAUCUGAGCGCUCUAUGACGAUGACUAAAACCAUAAUAUCUGAUAUUCCGUCCUCUCAUGAAAGCUUGAUUACAUGGGCUUAUGACCAUGGCUACAGUCCAGUCACUUCCUAUACAAAAGCGCCUGUUGCUAAUAGAUUCCAUCUACGGCUCGAAGACACUGAAGAAAUGAAUGAUGAGGAGGACCAUUAUCUUCCACCGGAACUGAAGGAACUGCUGCGUAUUGGUAACCCAAUGCCUGCUCCAAUCCCACCCUUGAGCGAUGGUGUUAGUUUUCCUUUCCACUUCAAUAGAGAGCAUGGCAAGCAUGAAGGAACCCUGCCAUCAACAGAUAUGCUGGACGCAAUAGACGGCAUUGAGCAGCUACUUCCGAAGAACAAAGAACCAGAAGAAGUGCAGGGCAGCGUUGAUGUCGCCCUGUCGGUAAAAUGUGAUGACACCUCAAUGACUGUAGCAGUUGCAAAAGACUCACUGGAGGCUAGUGGUUACAUUGGGACACAGCUGUCACUGUCGGAUCCCACAUGUAAAGCUAAGAUGAAUAGAACCCAUUUCAUUUUGGAGUCGUCUCUGCAGGAGUGUGGAACAAGACAGAUAGCCUACACCCUGGAUAACAUUGUGUAUCUGAACUCUAUUGUUAUUAAGCUGUCUGCGCCAACUGAAACCAGUGGCUGGCCAACUGAUUAUGAAGACAUGGAAUCGGGGGAUAAUGGAUUCCCAGGUGACACUGACGAAACAGACACCACUUUUUCCAGCCGGCCCGAAAUUGUUGUGUUCAAUUGCACAAUCCGUCAACCAAAAGCUCCUAAUCCUCCCAUGCACUGGCCACCUGAAGCACGUAUGAGCAAUGUGUCCUUCAGCAUGGAACUUUACAAAACAGAUCUCUUCCAUAUCCCAACUCAAGGGAUUUUCUCUGUGGCAGAGAAUGGCCAGAUUUUUGUUGAGGUUUCUGUGACCAAGGCUGACAGAUCUCUGGGCUUUGCAAUUCAGACUUGCUUUAUCUCUCCAUCUUCAUACCCGGAUAAGAUGUCAGAAUAUAUAAUUAUAGAAAACAUCUGUCCUAAAGAUGAAUCUGUAAAAUUCUACAACAUCCCCAGGGCUAAUUUCCCUAUACCACAUGCCCUAACUGACAAAAAGCGGUUUAGCUUCAUGUUCCGAUCCGUAUUCAACACCUCCCUUCUCUUUCUGCACUGUGAAGUAACCUUAUGUACAAAGAAAGAAAGAGAUACUCAAGGAUUGGCCAAGUGCAUACCUCCAGAUGAAGCCUGCACCUUUCUCAGUGCUGAUAUGAUCCUAGCCAUGAUGCCAAAUAAGAAAACCUUCACCAAACCCCUCGCUGUAGUAACUCUUAAAGGGAAGCCAGAAGAUAAAUCUCCUUCUAGCUCGAAACCUCCUGAACAACCUGGCUUCUAUGGUCUGGACACUCUGACGGUUGUGGGCAUUGCCUUUGCAGCCUUUGUGAUUGGCGCACUGCUGACAGGAGCAUUAUGGUUCAUCUAUUCUCACACAGGAGAACCGGCAGGAAGACAGCAGGUACCUACAUCCCCACCAGCCUCCGAGAACAGCAGUGCAGCCCACAGUAUUGGCAGCACACAAAGCACCCCCUGUUCCAGUAGCAGCACAGCCUAACCAAAGGGGUGGGAUGCAAGUCCAAGGAGCAGCAUAGGAGCGCAGAGGUUCAAAUGGAGCUGUUUGAGGUCACUUGCUUUGGAAGGACUGGUUUGGAUUCUUUGGCAGGGAUUUCCUUUGAGGUUUUUUUUUCCUUUUUCUGGAUAAACACAGUCCUUGAACCUCUUGCAGCAAGCUAGACUCACACAUGACAAAGCUACUAUUUAUGCGCAGCCGUGGGUUGUGUAAAAGGGUCCACUGGCUCUCAAUGUGAAACACAAGCCAGUUUUCUUUUUCCAUACGUGCUGCUUUGUCUCUGCAGAAUCACAACAUUGGCUUCCGAAACUGUCGGUGACACGAGGUGUCUGUAAAGGGAUUUCAGCCUCAUAAGCUGGGGGAAAGAUUUAUUCCCCCCCCCCUUUCCCUUAAAUAAAGGGAUUCCAUCUCAUCAGAACAGGAAAGUUUGAUGGACAGAGCAACUUGCUUUUAAGAUCACUGAUUGUUCCUCAGCUACAUGCUGUCAUUUCACAGAAGCUUCUGUUUAUUAGUGGUAUUGGUGUUCGGCUUGACUUGGCGCGCAGCGUUUUGCCUGCUGUCAUGUUGCCUGCAGCUUGGGAUGUUUUGUUUUCCCCAAGUUUCGCCCUCUGGUAGCAAGAAGAAUUGGGGGGGGGAAACAUUCCUGUACAAAACAAUGGAUUUUAAAUUGUUUGAUUAGAUGUUUCGAGUGACUCGUGUGUGCGCAUUAAUGCAUCUAGGCAUUCCUUGAUGCAAGCCUCUUUGGAUCCACAAUGCCGUAUAUUAUCCUAAGGCAGUUCCCAAAUGUUUUGUUAAUGGGAGCCAGCACUGCAGUCUUGUCUUUGUUCAAGAACAUAAUGGCUAGUUUGUCUUCUAAGCCUUUACACUACAGUGUGCAUUACCUGCUACUGGUAGUUUCACAAUUGACAUAUGAGGCACCAGUGGCCCCUUUCAUCUGUGUGUGCAGUGCUGUCCCCAGGGUUUAAGGCCUAACUAGAUGAUCCUCUGGGAGUUCUGCAUCAGGAGUUCCUGGAGUUGUUUUCCUCCCUCUCUCUUUUUUUAAAAAAGGCUCUUGCCAGGCGAGCAGGCCACUGAUUUAGGCCAGGAUUGGGGAGGGGGGGAGCCUUUCCCCUGCACCAUGCUUCCAGUCUAAAACAACCUGGGAUGCAGUAUGCCCCACUGGGAAAACCUAUAUGUACUGGUAUCAGUAAGCUUUUCCCACAAGGCAAAUAGUGUCCUUCAAACCAAUUUUAGCUUGUGAAAAAGGCACAUCAGGCCGCUUUAAAAAAAACCCUCCCCUCACACCAUGGUCCUGGUCUGAAUCUGGUCCCCACAUGUCUGCCAAGAAACAUUUUUUAAAAUGCUGAGAUCUCCUCUUACAGAACUCCCAGAGUACCAUCUAUCAGGCCUUCAGUAAACAAGGGAUACUCUGCCCACCCUCCUAACACACAUCUGAGUACCAUGUGCACGUGUAGAACUCUAAGAUGAGGUAAUUAAGAAGUUAGCUGUACUACAAUGCCAUAUGUGCAUGGUUAUCAUUAUAUGUAUUUGUGGUUGUGUAUUAUUGGCCAGGUUUGAGCCUUUGGCACAUCUGGAUAUACACAAAAGAUGUAGAAAUGGUCAAAAAUACCAGAAGAUUCAGGAAAGAAAAUAGCUGCAAAGGCAGAUCUGGGGUUUUGACCAUGUACUUUGAACACUGUCAAUUGGGGGUGAAUGUUGUGUUGAGUCAUAGUAAUUUAGAAACACGUUCUUCUUAGUCAGUGCACCAAGCAAGGACUGCUUGUGAAAUAUGAGCAUUUCCAGCACCCAGAUGGGUCCACAUUUGAGGCUGACCCAUAACAUAGAUAAAGAUAUCCCCAUCUUUUUUCAUUUGGCAGAUGAUUUUAAUAAUUUAGCUUGAAUUCCACUCCAUACAAAUGUGCUACAUUAUCAACAGCUAGCUUUUGUUAUUUCAAGGACGUAGGUCAAGGCUGCGUUCUCUGUGCUUCCAGAAUCUUCCCAAAGCUUUAUGAAGAUUUUGUUUUUAAUGCUCCAUAGGAGAAAGCUAUCCAGCGGAUUGUUUUUGUGUGACUCAUAUAUAAGAAUGAAAGGACUGCUUAAAAGACCCUCUGUGUUUCGCAUCAAAUUGCUAGUUAGUCAUCUCAGCAUUGCAAUUGGAUAUAUCCCAAAGUACUGUUUGGAAUACAAAAUGGCCACCCAGUACUAAUUUUCAGAAUAAUCAUUAGUACCCUUGCCUUCUCCAAGCCUUACCAUAUAUCCCAAAUGAAAACGGGGGUCCUGUUUGAAACAGCAGGUAUAUUGUGUUGUCACUUUGAGAACCAAAACAUAGUUUUCUGAUUCUGCCUUGCUGCAAGCAAAAUGAGCAGAGCUUUCCCUUUGCAGGCUAGCAAAGGCUCUGUUCGUAUUACCUUCAGUGGAGAUUGCUCCCCUUCCCCCCUUUCUGUAGCAGAAUAAGUUUAAUUUUGCUAGAGCAACAAAAAGUUUGGUUUGCAGUAGGAUUCUAAUAAAAUAAAAUAAAGUCCAUGUGCCCAAUCAAGCUGAGUAACAUCAGUUCAACCAGUGUUCCCCGUUUAUAUUAAUAUCAGUGGAUAAUCAGACUUCAAAAUGCAUUUAAGAUCUGUCAGAGAAUAUGUGGUUUGGGCAGGAGAACAGAGUUGUGCCUUUAAUUAGGUGCUUAAAUAUGGUUUGAAUGUAGUCCUGUAAACACUUCCACACAAAGCUAACUUUGGGCCCAAUUCCUUAGACUGGCUAGCUCAGCUCUAACUGUGCAAAGGAUCCUGGGGAAGCGAAAGCGGAGGCAGGGGAAUGUGAAUGCGCCACAUCAUCCCCUUUUGUUCAAGGGGAGGCAGAUUACUACAAUCUGAGGCCAAUCGCAAAGGCCCUUCUGCUGCUCUUGUAACAAGGCUGCAGAUGGAUCCAGCCAAGUUUGCUAAUCCAGCAAGCCAGCCCUGUGUGCUCAUACACUUUAAACAGUGAUUAAUUUGCUGCAAGCAGCAAAAUCCAAAACAAAAGCCAAGUAAUACCUUUUAUUAGGACAACUCCAAAUAUCACAAGCAGUAGAGUCCAGUAGUACCUUAAAGACAGUGACUCACGAAAGUUCAUAC